AUGAGCACUUGUUGGAGUGAGCCUCAGCUUGUGUGGCAGGUGUUGAGGGACCUGUCAGAUAUGUUGCAGGUGUUGAGGGACCUGUCAGAUAUGUUGCAGGUGUUGAGGAACCUGUCAGGUGUUGAGGAACCUGUCAGGAAUGUUGCAGAUGUGGAGGAACCUGUCAGGUAUGUUGCAGAUGUUGAGGAACCUGUCAGGAAUGUUGCAGAUGUGGAGGAACCUGUCAGGAAUGUUGCAGAUGUGGAGGAACCUGUCAGGAAUGUUGCAGAUGUGGAGGAACCUGUUAGGAAUGUUGCAGAUGUUGAGGAACCUGUCAGGAAUGUUGCAGAUGUGGAGGAACCUGUCAGGAAUGUUGCAGAUGUGGAGGAACCUGUCAGGAAUGUUGCAGAUGUGGAGGAACCUGUCAGGAAUGUUGCAGAUGUGGAGGAACCUGAGAAAAAGAGUAUAUUUUUGAAGAACUCAAAUUAUCGUAUUAUGGAUAAUCCCAAUCGUGCCCUAAUAUAUCUAUGGGUUUCGUGUUAG